AUGAAAAAACUUGUGGUGUUCCUCUUGCUCUGUCAUGUUGCAUCUGCAGGUAAACAUUUCUAACUUCCUGUUAAUCCUGAUCCUGUGAGAAAAGGAUCUAGUUUGUGUUGUUUUGCAUGGCACUUUGUGAGCAAUACUUUCAUUUUCACUUUUGAAGUUAACUUGCACUGACGCACACACUGCAUGUUAGAGCUGCAGAGGGCUACCUUACCUUGCAAGCUUUUAUUACCUGCAGAAACAGCUGGUUAGGUGACUUUUAAAAUAGCCUCUCGAACUAUCUGUAAACAGUUGAUUAAAAGGAAAUGUUUUGACCAAUGCUGCAGGGAGAAAAAGAGUAAGAGUUGGUGGAGGAAGUGGAGUGGUACUAGCUUGAUAUAGUUGGGUUUACCCCCAUGCACUGUGGAACCAAACUCCUGAAGAAGCAUUUAACUGGAGGGGAACCUCUGUGCAACUUAAGGUCACGGGGAGAAAGGCCCUGACUGUCGCUUGUGCAAAUGCACCAAAUAAAAGUUUGAAGUGUCUUCUUGGAGUCUCAAUAAUUUAGAUAUGGUAGUAACCCCAACUAGUGAACAAGAAUCUUUGAGAAUAUUGGAUCAUUUCCCCCUUUUUCGUCAAUUGCAAACAAGCUAAUAACUGCUGUGAGUAGAAAAACGUCUGAAAAGCUAAAAGCAGAUCUGAUUUCCUUCCAGUGAAACACUCUCUGAAAUAUUUCCUCACUGCAUCAUCUGGAGUCCCAAACUUUCCAGAGUUUGUGGGUGCUGCGAUGGUUGACGGAGUUCAGGUAGGAUACUGUGACAGCGACAUGAAGACAGCUGAACCCAAACACGACUGGAUGAGGAAAUUAAUAAAGGACGAUCCAAAACACCUGGAGUGGUACACGCUGAAGUGUUACGGGAAUCAGCACGUCUUCAGAGCCAACAUUGAUGGACUAAAGCAACGUCUAAACCAAAGUGGAGGUAUAGUUUAAGUUCACAUUCAAGUUCUUGUGUGCACAAAGACACCAAUUAAAAUGUAAAUAAGAAAUGCCGUCAACCUCUUGGCUUCCCAUCAGGGUCCUGCUGACCCAAUGAGAGUCUCAAUCAGCCACAUUUGAUCACCUAUUUUAUCGUCUUCUCCGUGUCUCUCUCAGGUGCCCAUAUUUUACAGAGAAUGAAUGGCUGUGAGUGGGAUGACCAGACUGGAGAGACUGUUGGUUUUAACCAGUAUGGCUAUGAUGGAGAGGACUUUAUAGCUUUGGACCUGCAGUCCAUGACAUGGACCACUCCAAAGCAUCAGGCGUUUACAACCAAACUAAGAUGGGAUACUGAGACAGCCAGAUUAAAACACAACAAAUACUACUACACGCACAUAUGCCCUAACUGGCUGAAAAAGUAUGUGCACUAUGGGAUGAGCUUUCUGCAGAGAACAGGUAAUAACCACAUGACCAGAAGUGCUUUUGCCCUCUGUUUUUAACUCAAAAGAAAAUAAAACCAUCUUUGUUCCUCCAGAGCUUCCCUCAGUGUCUCUCCUCCAGAAGUCUCCUUCCUCUCCUGUCACCUGCCACGCUACAGGUUUCUACCCAGACAGAGCCUUGAUGUUCUGGACAAGAGAUGGAGAGGAGCUUCAUGAGGACAUGGAAUAUGGAGAGAUCCUCCCCAACCCUGAUGGAACCUUCCAGAUGAGUGUGGAGCUGAGCAUUUCUUUGGUGAAAACUGAAGACUGGGGGAGGUAUGAAUGUGUGUUUCAGCUCUCUGGUGUGAAGGAGGAUAUCGUCACCAAACUGGACAAAGCAGCGAUUAGGAGCAACAAAGGUAAGACAGGUAUCAGGAUCAGCUUUGGUUAGACAGGGCAGUUCUGAUUCUGAUUUGAAUACUUCUAUGGCAACAGAAGCGUCGUCGUCCUAGUUCUCGUCGUCGUUUUCUUCCGCUUCAUCUGAGUCCGGGUCGCGGGGGCAGCAGCUUCAGGAGGGAAGACCAGACGGCCCUCACCCCGGCCACUUCCACCAGCUCCUCCGGGGGGAUUCCAAGGCGCUCCCAGACCAGGCGAGAGAUAUAAUCCCUCCACCUGGUCCUGGGCCGGCACGAGGUCUCCUCCCGGUGGGACAUGGCUGGAACACCUCUAACGGGAGGCGUCCAGAAGGCGUCCUAACCAGAUGCCCGAGCCACCUCAGCUGACUCCUCUGGACGUGGAGGAGCAGCAGUUCUCCUCUGAGCGCCUCCCGAGUGUCCGAGCUCCUUACCCUAUCUCUAAGGCUGAGCCCGGACACCCUGAGGAGGAAACCCAUUUCAGCCGCUUGUAUCUGCGAUCUUGUUCUUUCGGUCAUUACCCAAAGUUCAUGACCAUAGGUGAGGAUCGACACGUAGAUCGACCGGUAAAUCGAGAGUCUCUCCUCACGGCUCAGCUCUUUCUUUACCACCACUGAUCGGUUAAUCGUCUUCAUCACUGCUGACGCCGCUCCGAUCCGCCUGUCGAUCUCCCGUUCCAUCCUACCCUCACUCAUGAACAAGAUCCUGAGAUUUAAUUUGCUGUGAUCAAAAGUUAACCUGCUUUUGCGUUCAUUGCCCAAACCUCCUUGACAGGUUGAAAUGGUGUGAAUGAAUCCUUAACGGGAACUUUGUGCUUUAGGUCCAGGCUUCUUCUCAGAGUUUCCUGCUGAUCUUGUCUCUGGAGUUAUAAUAGGACUGCUGCUCCUGUCAGGCGGCAUCGCUGGACUCUAUUUCUGGAAGAUUCCCAGGAAUGGUGAGGAAGUCUCAAUAACAUUAGGCCAAAAUUGUGCAAGUCUUGUACUGGAUAUUUUAUUGAUUUUAUAAAAGAAUCUCAAAUCCACACCAAAGCUUCUCCAUUUUUACCCUCUGUUUAAUUUUAACCUUUAGGUUUUUCUCUUGUAUUUCAGGGUUCCAGCCUGCUACCCAUCAGUAAAAUCCUAUUAAACAUGAAGCCUGAAUGCUCUACAUUAUGAUCACAAUGUAGACAUUCUAUGAAUAUACAAAUACACAUAAUGUGAAGGUCCUUGGUACUUGUGACUGACCCUUUUCAAAGUCUAUACCUUUUAUAUUUGAUCAUGUUACAGUUUUUUUUUUUUCACCUUUUUCUUCUGGACAUGAUCCUACUCUGCUUUUUCAUUACAGUUCAGGUAUUCUGUAUUUUCAUGUUUUUCCUUUAGUUUUUGAUAUGUUAUUUAUUAAUAUCCUGAACCACUUUUAUACGUGAUGGAAACUAAAGCUUCUUUUCUUUUCAUUUUUUCUUGUAUACAUGAUAAAAGUUUUUGACACUGUGGGUCGUAGUCUAUUACAAUAAAAACUGUGUUGCAUUAGCGUUGAUAGUGACUUGUGGAACUGAUUUUGGAGCUAUCUUCAUCUGUCUGUACACCUGUAUGCAGACGACAUUAGUCUCUACUGUGCUGCCGACACUGUUCAUCUUGUUCAUCUGCAAGACUUCCUGUAUGACCUGAGACUUUUGGACUAUGGUGACAUAUUCAUCAGGCACGACUCUGUUUGUUGUUUUGCACUGGGGAAUAAUUCAUAAGUCCAUUACAUGUAAACAAGUUCAUUAAUGUCAUUUAUAAUUGUGUGAAUUUUUUGUUGAUUUUAUAUAAUCAUGACCUUUUUGUCAUCCAUGGCAUUUCACCUGCCGAUGAACUUUUCUCUCUGUCUCGCUGAAGGUGUCAGAUUUUAAAAGGAAGCUGUCUUGAAAAUGACAAACAUCUGAGACACCCACGAAGCAGGUUAACGUGGUUCGUGUGUCUAACCCUGAGCAAGAAAACUUUCAGCUAACUGUUAACAACCAAAAAAACCCCAAAAAAGAAAAAAUGAUUUUAAGUCCCACCUCUGACAGGGCAAGAAGCCAAUCAUAGUUCAGGAUUUUGGAGCAGCUCUUCAUUGGUGGAGAUGAAUAACCACACUCUGCAGUGUGAAAUUCCUGUAACAGGCACACCUUGUCACACAGAGUGAAGGAAACGUCCACCUAAAUAUCUUUUGUGCUUUAGCUCUGAGCUUACCGUCAAAGAAAAAUGAAGGUUUUCUUCGUGUUGCUUCUCUUCUGUCAUGUUGUCUCUGCAGGUAAGAUCACAUUAAAAGUCUUUAUGAAAAUUCUAUUUCAUCUAGUUUUUGUGUUUCUUGGUUUUCGCUGACGCUCUGAGUUUUUGAAAGAUUCUGUGAUUUCCACUGCAGAGCUAUGUUUGAUUUUGGACAAAUCACUCCUGACGCACUUUCCCCAAAUGACAUAUUUAGAUCACUCUACUGGAUAAAUUAAUGAGCUCAAAAUCCUUGGUCAAAAUUAUACUGAACAAAAAUAUAAACGCCCCAUGUCAAAUAUAAGAGUUUUAUGAACAUUUGGGUUACGCAAUAUAUAGAGAAAUUCAAAAUAUAUUUUCAGUAAAUACUGAUCUUCAUAUCGACAUUGAUAACAUCGUGGUAUGGCCAUUUGUAGCGGAUUGACAGUCCUUUGAACAUGAUAGGGGUCAGGUUGAGGAAUUUGAUUCUUCAGUAUCUUGUGUGUCUGCCAGCCGCGUCUCUCAGAGCAACAAAGCUUCUUCACAUGGAGUUGAUCAGAUUGUCUAUGGUGGCCUGUGGAAUGUUAUUCCAUUCCUACUGGAGUGCCACAUGGAGCUGACCCACAUUGCCUGGAACUGGAACACGGUCCAGAACACACCUAUCCAGAACAUCUCAAAGAUGCUUUAUUGGGGACAUGUCUGGCGAAUAUGCAGGCCAGUCCAGAACUUCAAUGUCCUCUGUUUGAAGGUAUUCCAUGCAGAUGCGGGCAACACGAGGUCGGGCAUUGUCAUGUUGAAAGGUGAUGUCAUGCUGGCGCACAAAUGGCACAACAAUUGGGGUGAGAGUCUUGUCCUGCUAUCUGUGCAUUAAGUUUCCCUUCAAUGAAGUGCAAUGGUGUUCUAUGCCCGUAUGUGAUGACUGACCACACCGUAAUGCCAUCACCUCCGUGGGCAACCCUGGACAUAACAUUUGCAUCUGCAAACCGUUCACCCACGCGUCACCAGACACGCUGUCUUCCAUCUGCACGAUACAGCUGGAACCUGGAUACAUCCGUGAACAUCACUCUUCUCCAGCGUGCCAAGGGCCAUCGGACAUGUGCAUUCGCCUAUGCGAGUCAGUUCCUACGCCGGACAGCAGUGAGAUCCAGACCACGGUAAGGGGGCAAAGCAUGCAAGUUGGCUUCUCAUAGGCAGUUACGGACAGUCUGAGGUGUGAUUCGUCUGUUGUGCAGACCAAUAGUCUCACCCGCAGAUGGAUGAACCUGAUGUGGCGAUCUUGUGCUGGAGUGGUCACACGUGGCCGACGAGGAUGAGGUCGAUUUGCAGUAGUGCCAGUCUGUUGGAAACAAACUCUUAAACGGUCUAUGGUCCGAUAAUGGACAUUGAGCCGUGCAGCUACUGCUCUGGUGGACAUCCCUGCAUCCAACAUGCCAAUGGCACGCUCCUGCAUAAAUUGCGACAUCUGAGGCAUUAUGAUUUGUGACAAAAUUUGACAUUUUGGGAUGGCCUUUUAUUGUCCCCAGUCCAAGGAUCGUCCAGCUGUUGCUCAUCUUGUCUGAUCACCCACUGGACAUGCCCCACCCAUGCACUGAGUAAAAAACCAACUCUCUAAGUGAUGCUCACUGACAGCAAGUUGGAUUGAAAAUUAUACACAAAUCAAGAGAAAUAUUACUUUUGUACAAUAAUAUGUCAGCAAAUGCUCAUUUACAGUUGUUAAUUCCACAUGGCAACAAUAUUUGACAUAGGGCAUUGAUAUUUUUGUGCAGUGUACAUUCUCUUUUUAUUCUCUCUGCAUGCAAAUCGUUUCCUUUAUACCUGAAGCAUGUCUUUUUUCACAGAGAGACACUCUUUGAAGUUUUUCCUAACUGGAACAACUGGAAUCCCAGACUUUCCAGAGUUUGUGGCCACUGCAACGAUUAAUGGGAUCCAGUUUGGAUCCUUUUACAGCACCAUGAAGACAGCAAAACCCACACAGGACUGGGCGAGGGAACUCAUAAAGAAUGAUCCACAACACCUGGAGUGGUAUACGCAUGAGUGUUUCGGCAUUCAGCACCUUCUCCGAGUGAAAACUGAUGAAUUAGAGCGCCAGUUUAACCAAAGUACAGGUACUGACUGAGUGUGAAACAUCAGUUCAUAUUCAGCUGUGAUGUGAAGGUGUGUAUGAUAAUCUUGAAUCUGUGCACAACAGAGUUUCUCAACGAGUGAGCAGGUUGAUGUUGUUGCAGAAAAAUCCCUUACCUAACUGUGCUGGAUUGUCACCUUUCCUGUUUCGUCUCUCACUCUCUCUCUUUUAGGUUUCCACAUCCUACAGAGGGUAAAUGGCUGUGAGUGGGAUGAUGAGACUGGAGAGACUGUUGGUUUUGACAAGUACAGUUUUGAUCGGGAGGACCUCUUGGCUUUAGACCUGCAGACCAUGACAUGGAUCGCUCCAGCGUACAAGGCGUUUGCCGUCAAGCUAAGAUGGGAUACAGAGAAAGCAAGAUUAAACUUCUACAAUCACUUCUACAACUACAUGUGCCCUCAAUGGCUGAAAAAGUAUGUGCACUUUGGGAGGAGCAUUAUCCAGAGAACAGGUAGAAACACACAACAAGGUUUACUGUCCUUUUAUUUUACUACGAGUAUUCAGAAGUAGAAGAACCAAACUGUCUCAUUGGUUGUCUUCGUCCCUCCAGAGCUUCCCUCAGUGUCUCUCCUCCAGAAGUCUCCUUCCUCUCCUGUCACCUGCCACGCUACAGGUUUCUACCCGGACAGAGCCUUGAUGUUCUGGACAAGAGAUGGAGAGGAGCUUUUUGAGGAAACAGACUAUCGAGAGAUCCUCCCUAAUCCUGAUGGAACCUUCCAGAUGAGUGUGGAGCUGAGCAUUUCUUUGGUGAAAACUGAAGACUGGGGGAGGUAUGAAUGUGUGUUUCAGCUCUCUGGUGUGAAGGAGGAUAUCGUCACCAAACUGGACAAAGCAGCGAUUAGGAGCAACAAAGGUACCAGAACAAGAAGCAAAAACAUUAUUUCCUGAAUCUCAUUAUUUCCUUAUCUUUGCCACAGUGUCAACAGGUUGGUUUAAUAUGACGUUCAGGUCGUCCCUGGUUUUGCUUUUCCUGUUUAUAAUUGGUCGUCUGUGUUGUAGGGUAUCGAGUUUUUAACACAGUACCAAAGUGAAGGGGUUGUGUGUUUGUUCCAGGCUCUGGAUCUCCUUCUGGUCUCGUCACUGGAGUUAUUGUGGGACUGCUGCUCCUGUCAGUCUGCAUCACUGGACUCGUUAUCUGGAGGAAAAAGAAAAAUGGUAAAUUAAAUUUACAACUUCAGGAGAAAAACUUUGAUUGCUUUUGAGGUUCAACCACCUUUAGUUCAGUUUCUCACUUUGGUAUUUCUCACUCGUGUUUCAGGGUUCCAGCUCGCUAACGUGGAGUAA